AUGAAUCCAUUGCAAUUUGCAGCAGCAAUUGGCGGUGUAAUUGGUGGAUCUGUUGGUGGAGUAAUUGGUUGGAUAACAGUCGUUAAAGAAAUUAACAAAGAACUAGGACAAGGAACAGGUGGAUUUACUGGUGGAACUGCUGGAGCCAUUGGAGGAUAUUUUGCAGGCCAUGCGGUUAUGUCUAAUCGUUUAGGAGCAAUAGCAGGUAUUACUGCUGGAAUAGUAGCUGGUUGUGCUGCUGGAUAUACAGUUGCAGGAAAGGUUUAUGAUGGAAUUAAACCAAAAUAA